UCUCGAUACGGCACGGCGGCAACCUGCAAGACAGAUUGUUCCAGGCCAAGAUGUUAAGUUUGGUCUGGUCCUCUCCCUCAUGCGACACCUUUUCCACCAAUUGUUCUCUACCUUCUCGUGUUCACAACCAGUCAUGAAGAAACCCCUCAUCGCUGUUAUUGGUGCAACUGGCACCGGCAAGUCCAAGCUUGCAGUAGAUCUGGCCUCGCGCUUCAAUGGUGAAAUUAUCAAUGGGGAUGCGAUGCAAAUGUACCGCGGCCUCCCGAUCAUCACCAAUCAAAUCCCCUUGGAGGAACGGAAUGGUAUUCCGCACCACCUACUCAGCUGUGUUGAAAUCGAGGAAGAACCUUGGUGGAUUGGCAGAUUUAAGCAGGAGAGUCUCCGCUUGAUUGACCAAAUCCACGCAAAAGGGAAACUCCCCAUCCUGGUCGGAGGUACACAUUACUAUACACAAGCCGUGCUAUUCAACGAUCAGCUGGUCGAUGCAGACCAAGACUCUGUUAAUGAUGUUGCUGUCUUCCGUGAAGGCAACAGUGACAAGGACUCACCCACUAAGUGGCCAAUUCUUGACGCUGCGCCAGAAGUGGUGUUGCAGAAACUCAGGGAAGUCGAUCCGGUUAUGGCAGACAGAUGGCACCCAAAUGAGGCCCGGAAGAUCCGGCGCUCCCUAGAAAUCUAUCUUCAAACUGGGCGACCCGCAUCGGAAGUUUACACAGAACAAGAGCAGCUGAAACGAGCCGAUACGGCGCGUGACGACUUUUCCCUCGGCGCGGGCCGAUUACGGUAUCCGACGAUGAUAUUCUGGGUGCACUCGGAGAAGCAAACACUCAACGCCCGAUUAGAGAAGCGAGUGGGAGCGAUGAUAGACCAGGGAUUAAUGGAUGAAGCUAGGCGCAUGUUUGAUUUCGCCCAGGAGAAGCAAGCGCAGGGCAAUCCCAUUGAUCACACCCGAGGAGUGUGGAUUUCUAUCGGUUACAAGGAGCUAGCACCUUACUUCGAUGCCUUCUACAAGGGGUCCAUGAGUCCCCUUGAGCUGGAAGCCUUGAAACAAAGUUGCGUUGAUUCGAUCAUGUCUGCGACGCGACAAUAUGCGAUGUCGCAGAUCAAAUGGAUACGAAACAAAUUAUGGCGAGCAGUCGCAGAUGCUGACGCCACUAAUCGUCUCUUCAUUCUUGAUAGCACAAAUGUUGAGGCAUGGGAGGAGGCUAUUACGAAGCCAUCAGAAAUCCUGGUUCGAGCUUUGCUGAAUGAUGAACCCACCCCUGAUCCCAAGUCGUUAUCGGAUCUGGCCAGGUUCAUCUUAAGUGCCAAAGAGGCGCAACCGCAGAGAGACUCCACUUCUUUGCUCAAAUGUAUGACGUGCAAGGUCUGCAACAAGAUCAUGCAGGGCGAGGAGCAAUGGGAAAUUCACCUCAAUGGGAAUGCACAUAAAAGAGCCCUCAAGAGUGCAGCCAAGAAGGCUGCACGCGAUGAGUACCUUCGGAGACGACAGAUUAGUCUCAGCACGGGUGAUCAGCCGGAGAACAAUAGUAAAGCCGCAAUUGAAGAGGGCUCAGUGUAACAGUGCCAAUCGCCAGCUGUUGCUGAAUCAAUCUUGUGCUGGUCCGCCGAACCCAAGUAUACAUUGAAAGAAAGAUGUAAGGUACUCUUGCAGCUGGGCACAAGCCGUGAAGUGGGCUUCUCUUUGUGUUGUAGAGAGACAAAAAAUCGCAAACCAUGGACUAUAGGAAGUUUCCGAUCAAGCAACCAUCAGCCGCAGAUAUCCAAUGCACUGAACACAUAAGCUCGUGGGAUAACAGAGAGUGAGAUCAGGCUAGU